AGAUUUCGCCUACGCCACACAGUGUUUUGUACCGAGUUUUCAGCUGUUUUUCCUCGUUUUUCCUUUGUUUUCAGGUUUGUUCCGGUUCAGAAUCCGUCGUUCCUGCCCUGGACGGUCGUGUCUUAACGUGUUCUGUGUUUUAUUCCAGCGACGAGUCGCUUGACAGGGCCUACAUUUUCCGAAGCUGAAAAGUAGGUGAUCUAAGACGAGACGGGUGUUUGGAUACAGGGUGGCUCGAAGAACCAGCUCUCGGAAAUUGGAGGCGCGCACGCGCACUUUCAUGGUAUUCAUUGACCGAUGGCUACGAACGCCAUCACGAGUAACCCGAGGACUCACCCGUUGAGCUCGUCGUCAGGGGAGAUGCAGCACGUUACGGGAUCGCCGCAGCAGUUCUGCCUGCGCUGGAACAACUACCAGAACAACCUGACCAACGUGUUCGACCAGCUGUUCCAGAGCGAGUCGUUCGUGGACGUGACGCUGGCCUGCGACGGCCACUCGGUCAAGGCGCACAAGAUGGUGCUGUCCGCGUGCAGCCCCUAUUUCCAGGCGCUCUUCUUCGACAACCCCUGCCAGCACCCCAUCGUCAUCAUGCGGGACAUCAAGUGGCCGGAACUCAAAGCCGCCGUAGAAUUCAUGUACAAAGGCGAGAUCAACGUGUCCCAGGAACAAAUCGGUCCACUCCUAAAAGUCGCAGAAACCCUCAAAAUCCGAGGCCUAGCCGACGUAAACGGCGAGCAAGACAUCGCAGCAGCCACCUCCGGAACGGCAGAACUCACAGCUCGACCAGCCUCACGUCAAGCACCCCAAACCCCAGACGUGUGGUCGUCCAGACCCGAUCAAACCCCCCAAAGCGGUACAGGUUCAGAUCACUCAGACAGACCGACAAAAAAGCGACGUAGGUCGGGGGAGAGGAGUACCCUGUGUAGUCCGGCGGAGAGUGCGGGUACGGAGGUGCCGGAACCACCACCUUCGGUGGAGAUGUCUCCGGCACCACCUCAAACUCCCCAGGGAUCUGGGGGAAUGCCCCAGCCGCCGGAGAAUCUGCCGUUGCCGCUGGCCAUGCCGCCGCAGGUGCAGGUGACGCACACCGGGUCGACGGACGACAUGGAAAUCAAGCCGGGCAUCGCGGAGAUGAUUCGAGAGGAGGAAAGGUUUAUAAGGAGAACGUCAGAUGGGGCUAAGCUGUUAGAAUCAUCACAUGCUUGGCUCGGAGCCUCGACAUCAUCAAUAGCCGCAGACAGCUACCAGUACCAACUGCAGUCCAUGUGGCAAAAGUGCUGGAACACAAAUCAGAGCCUGGUCCACAAUUUGAGAUUUCGCGAGAGAGGUCCGCUGAAAUCGUGGCGACCUGAGACGAUGGCCGAGGCGAUUUUCUCCGUUCUUAAAGAAGGCCUAUCACUGUCACAAGCAGCUAGAAAGUACGACAUACCCUAUCCAACCUUUGUGCUGUACGCCAACAGGGUGCACAACAUGCUGGGACCUUCAGCCGAUGGAGGCUCAGACUUGAGGCCAAAAGGUAGAGGUCGACCUCAAAGAAUACUGUUAGGAAUCUGGCCUGACGAGCACAUAAGAGGCGUGAUCAGAGCGGUGGUCUUCAGAGAUUCGCAUCAAAUCAAAGAGGAGCAGCAUUUAUCUUACCCCAGAAUACACGACAGCGUAACGAUCCAAAAUUACCAGAACAAUUCGUGUACCAACGGCGCAGACCCCAACGUUUCCCCUGGGGCAGCUGCGGCAGCAGCAGUGGCUGCCGUAGCUCAAGGUCUUCGACAGCAAAUGUGUAGCAUGGUCGCGGCCGCUCACAACCAGAGCUCAGCGCACGAUACCAACCCCGUGGCUAGUUUGGUCAACUCCCUGGCUCUAGCCGGCCAUUGUGGCAACGUACCACUGCCCAGCAACGGCGCGCCGCCGAUGAGCAUGAGUCACAUGGCGUCGAUGCGCAGCAUGAGCAGCCCCGCGGGCAGCAUACAGGAUCUGCGCAUCAGUCCCGCCGAGUCCGCUAUGGACAGUCCCAUAUCGUCGCCGCUCGGCCUCACCGUGUCCAGUUCGAUGGAGCCGGCCAUCAACAUGCAUAUAGGUAACAGCAUGGACGUGGGCAUCGGCGUGUCCGGCAUGACGUACAAGCCGGCGCGAUCCUUUGCCUCACCCCGACCGGAGAACCUCUUCCAGGAGGACAUCGACGACCUGGUCAAGCCGAUCCACUCCUCCCCGCCCAGCAGGCCCAAGGACACCAUGGCCACCAUCAAGAUGGAGCCGAUGACGGAGUGCCGGGGCGAAUGAGCGUCGCCGAUAGGCUAGAGAGGCCAGUAGAGGGCGCAUAGAGACAUUCCCCUCGUUGAUACCGUAACCCCCCCUGCCUGUAGUCUAUUCACCCUAUUAAUUCUGUCAGUUUCAAGCGGGAAAUUUGAAAUUGAUUUGAUUAAAAUGCUGUAUUUUUAGAGGCUAUGGUGUUCUUUAAUGAUAUGCUAAUAUUUAUGGGAUUCUUGUGUGUGACUCUUGGACCUAUUCUAAGAAAAAUAUUUUUCUGUACAGGGUGUCCCACUAAGAAUAGCUCUCGGCUGUAUCUCAGAAAG